AUGUCCGCAUCCCCCUCCGAGAUCUCCGGCGCCUUUGCCCUUCCAUUGCUGCAACGACCAGCAGCCUCAGACCAACUCCUCGGCAUACAUGCCAGUUCCCAAACACUAUCGCACCUAUGCCUCUCAUUUCUAGCACUGAUCCAGCGCCUCGACAUUGAUUUCCUCCCGAUAGCCUGGCACUCGGCCCUUGCAGGCGCCCGGCGCGGGGGCACUGCACAACUGCACCAGAUGGCCAUCGAUUGCCAGAGUGCAUUCGCGUUCAAGAGGUUCCUGCUGCUGCGCGGCGAGCAGGGCGUGAAGGACUGGCUGAUACUCCAAACGGAGGUUUCUGUGCUCGGGCUGCCCGCCGUUCGAGGGUGCAAGAACAUCGUCGCCAUAGAAGGAGUUACGUGGCAUAUCUAA